GCCUGGCCUUGAACACUCCCAGGGAGAGGGCACUCGCAGCUUCUCUUCAGAGCAGCCUGUGCCAGGGCCUCGCCACCCUCACAGACAAAGAUUUCUUGCUAAUAUCUAAUCUAAGCCUGCUCUGAGUGUGAAGCCGCUCCCCCUUGUCCUGUCACUCCACGCUCUUGUAAAAAGUCUCUCUCCAUCUUUCUCGUAGGCUCCCUUCAGGUACCGCAGUUUGUAGCAGCGCACCACACGCCUCCCCACGCUGCCUUUCGCUGCUGUCCCGCCUCUCUGUUAAUUGCUCACGGGAAGAGCGCCCUUCCCCAGGCUGUGGAGAUGCGUGCGGGGUGGGGUUCUGGAGCUGUGAUUAUCCCCGCGCUCGGUGCGCGCACGCUGGGGCGCUGCCGGCUGCGCCCCCCGCCCCUCUUCACUCUGGCUGGUGGCUUCGCCUCCGCCUUAAUUAAUCCCUUAAUUACCGACGGGAAGAGCCUUCCCCGGGCUGGAGACGGGGGUGCGUGCGGGGUGGGAACGGCGGUCCGGGGGCCUGCGGUGUCCGCGCGCUCGGGGAUGCGAGCCCCGGGCCCGCCCCACCCCCUUCCGGUACCGGGAGAGGGCGUGGCUUAACGGAAGGGGGCGGGGCCUGCUCCCGGUGAGGGCGUGGCUUCUGGCAGCAGCGGCGCCCAUGGCGGAGCAGCGCGUUUCGCGCUGGUACUUCGGCGGCCUCGCGUCGUCCGGGGCCGCCUGCUGCACGCACCCCUUGGACCUGCUGAAGGUGCACCUGCAGACGCAGCAGGAGGUGAAGAUGCGGAUGACGGGGAUGGCGAUGCACGUGAUCCGCACCGACGGCGUCCUGGCCCUCUACAACGGGCUCAGCGCCUCGCUGUGCCGGCAGAUGACAUACUCCUUGACUCGCUUUGGCAUCUAUGAGACCGCGAGGAACCGCAUAAGCAACCAGGGGCCUCCCCCCUUCUACCAGAAAGUGCUCUUGGCUGCGGUAUCAGGUUUCACUGGCGGGUUUGUGGGAACCCCGGCAGACAUGGUGAACGUCAGGAUGCAGAACGACGUGAAGCAGCCGCCGGCUCAGCGGCGCAAUUAUUCCCAUGCCCUGGAUGGCAUGUACCGUGUCCUCCGGGAAGAGGGCGUGAAGAAACUCUUCUCAGGAGCAUCAGUGGCAUCGUCUCGUGGGGCCCUCGUUACUGUUGGACAGCUUUCCUGUUAUGACCAGGCCAAGCAGCUGGUUCUCGCAACUGGAUUGCUGUCAGACAAUGUCUUCACUCACUUCCUGUCCAGCUUCAUCGCCGGCCUGUGUGCCACAUUCCUGUGCCAGCCCCUGGAUGUGCUCAAGACCCGCCUCAUGAACUCCCACGGGGAGUACCAGGUGAGUCGCCCAGCGUGCCGCCCUUGCUGCUGCCUGUCCUCCCGUCCCUGUGUGCCCCCUUGCCUCCCAGCCCUCCCUCCUCAUCUCUCACCCUCUCACUCCAGGGAGUCGUCCACUGUGCCGUGGAAACUGCCAAGCUCGGACCACUUGCCUUCUACAAGGGCUUUGUUCCUGCUGCUGUCCGGCUCGUUCCUCAGACCGUUCUCACCUUUCUCUUCCUGGAGCAGCUGCGCAAAUAUUUUGGGAUCAAAGUGACCACCUGAGUCUGGGGGACUGGACCCUGCCUUGCCCCGGGGGGGGUGAGCGUGUGGGUCACCCCCAAGAUCCCAGAACCCCUCUCUGCUCUCUGGGGCCAGUGCCAUUCCCCCUCCUCUCUACUCCUGUGCCUUGCCAGCACCUGUGGCCAAACCCCCCCCGCACACUCACUCCUCCUCUCACCCCCGUUCUCAGCACCUCCACCUCUGCAUUGCUGCUUCUGGGGGUUUUGUUGGGGGGCUCCUGUCUUCCCACUUCUCUACUGGCUCCGAGUUGUGUCCUUGCCCCCCCGAGCCUUGUCCCUGAGUGCCCCAGAAGCAGGAGUGUGCUGUCUCGGGGAGUAGGGGGAUCAGACGCCUGGCUGUGUCACAGAGCCCGGGGGGCUGGGGGGCUGCUGACCCUGCAGCUGUGGGCUGGGGCUUGGGGCAGGGUGUGUGAGGCCCUGCCCUCCCUCUGCCUUUGCCCCCGCGCUCCUCCCUAAGCCCCGCGCAGCUCGCACCUCCUGCCCUGCUCCUGGCCUCCCAGCCUCUGCUUCUGCUUGGCCAAAGCUCCUCAGCGCCGCUGGCUGCUGGGCUCUUCAGGGAUCGUGCCUCAUACCAAUGAUGGCGGGGAGCGUGGCCUCGCUCUGCCAGGGCCUGCUCGGGGACCCAGUACUCUCUCACCACAGUGCACCUACCCCAGACUGGAUCCAGUCUCUGGGGGCAUCCCCCACCGCUCUCUGCAGCCUCCCUCACCUUGGGGCUGGGCAGACUCCCACUCCUCACAGCCCCUCGCCCCACACCGCCCAGAGUGCGGGGGCUGUGGGCACCAGCCCCUCCGCUAUGGCACCCCUGUGUGAGCUGGCCCCCAGGAAUCAAAGAACUGGAAUAUCUGCGACCUUGAUGUGUAAUAAAGAGUGAAGGUGG